AUGGGGAAAACCAAGAGAACACUCAGCUCUGGGCAGCCUGGGGGGGCUCUGUCUCGGUCCCAAUCCGGCCCGAUGGACGAUUUCAUUACGGGGCCUAGAGGGCUGCAGGACGACACAGCCUCGUCAGUUCCCGCCUCUCCGGGUUCCAGCAUUGCCGGCUCAUCCCGCGGCACAGUAGACCCGGCGGCCCUAUCACAAAUAUCGAUGGAUAUAGCGGCAAUCUCUUCUAGCAUGCUCACUAGGCGGGACAAAUCAGAGAUGGUUGCUGAGCUGAGGGCAGUGAUCAGGGAGGAGAUCGCGGCGGUGAGAGCAGACCUGACAGCCUUGGAGCACCGCGUGGACGCCCUAGACGCUGAUCGCAUACAGAAUGCUCACCGGCAGCAGGCGGUGGAUCUGGCCACCACUCGGCAGGGGAACCUGCUUCUGGACCUCCGCCGUCAGGUCGAGGACCUUGACAAUAGGGGCCGGCGGAAUAACAUUCGG